CUUCCCUUUCCCUAAAAAUUUAUUACAAAAUAACUCUACAUAAUCUAGUACAAUUUCUUUCAAAAUUACAAUUUAUUUUAAAUCAAAACGAAAAAGUUUUCUUAACAAAAUAUAAUUAAAAAUCAACAUGGAUAUAGAUAAUAAUAUAUCAUGUGAUGAUUUUCUAUUACCAAAUACAUCCAGUACAAUUCCAACAGGCAUAGAUUACCCCUGUGCUAAGAAAGCUGAAAACAUCAAAAAUCCUUCAUUGCAAAAAUCACCAGGAAAAUGUGAACCUCCUCCAGGUCUUUAUAUGAUCAGCAGCAGUUCUUCUUCCUCAAUGUCGAGUGGCUUGAUGUCACAAGACUAUCGACCGACUAAAGAGCAACCAGUGAAGACACCAAAUAUUGCUUAUGAAUUAGCGGUAGCUAAAUCUAUAAUGCAGCAGUACUCCUCAAUAAGUGGCGAUAAUCUAUUUGAUCAUCUGUCCGAUGUUAUAAAACGUGUCAUUGAUGAACGUCCACCCAAUGUUAUUGAUUUCUUCGAAGAAUUUAGUCGUAAUGUACGUGAGCAAAAGUUUCACCUGCCAGAACGUUUUCCUCCUCAUGCAGUUUUCGAAGAAAAACGAAUGUAUAAGGUGGCGAAGAAACAAUUAAUAUCUAUGAAAUUGCCUUACCCCGAUGACUCAAUGAUCCAGGCUGCUGCUGAAGAUGAUCUGGAAGAAGAACAUGCUAAAACGGAAGAUAUAAAAUUGGAACUUAAGCAAGAACCGUUAGGGAAAUUUCUCACUUUCAAUGAACGAGUACAACAUUUACAAUUCUUUUGGAAUCAAUGUGGUUUCAGCAUUAGUAACGAAGAUAUUUUUCAAUUAGCCUGUUCUAUGAAUCGUUUACAAACCCAUCCCUCUAUAAUGCAGUGUCGUUUUUGGGGCGUGAUUAAUGGCUUAAAAGCUUCGUACUAUAUCGUUGAAGCCUCGCUAUCCAACGAAGAGUAUGAAUCUCGUUUACUGCAAAUGGAUAAGGAAAUUCAAGAGAAUCAACGACAAGACCAUAAAGAAAGUUUAACGUAUCAAAAACAAUUUUCACACAUUGGGCCCGAGUUGACACCUGGUGCUGUGGGCUGGGAAAACCAUCCAGAGGAGGAUUUAUUUAAAAUGAAAGCUCAUGGUGUCCCCAUACCUUUGGUGAAAGCUGUAGAAGUCUUUGAUAUUCCACCAGAACCUAUUGGCCAAGGUCUAAAUCGUUAUUCUUAUUUUGUGGUCAAUUCUUUAUCGAAUGAAUGGAUUGAGCUGCCAAUUGUGACACCAAAACAAAUUUCACUUUCUAGACAAAUUAAAAAAUUUCUAACGGGAGAUUUAGAAGCAGACUUCGUUUCAUAUCCUUGUUUUUGUGGCAAAGAAAAACACUAUUUAAGAGCAUUAAUAGCUCGUAUAACGGCUGGAACUUAUAUAGCUCCCAAGAAUUAUUAUCGUAAGAUGACAAAGAAGGAGAGACGUUUAUUUGAGGGCGUAGAUGACGAUGAAGCAGAGGACGAGGAAGAAGAAGAGGAGGAGGAAGAGAAUCAAAUGGAUGAAGAGGAAGAAAAUGAAGGAGAACCGGAUAACGAUAUUGUUUUAUUGAAAAAUGAAAAGUAUGAUUCAUCAAUACCACUCAACUCUUUAAACAAUACCGAAAAAUGGGUCCAUGUACGACCGAAUAUAUUGCAACAAGGACGAAUCGUUUGGUAUAAUGAGGAGAAAGCACAAAGAGAAAGAGAAAAAGAACGUAAACGUUUAGAAAAAUUACGUUUACAAGAAGAAUUGGGAGAAGAUGAAAGCGAGCACGAAGAAGAUGACGAAGAACCCGAGGGCGAAGAUGAAGAGUUAGAGGUACAGGCUGAAAAAGGACCAGCCAUAUUAACAUCUUGUUCUCGAGAUGUUAGCAGUGAAAUGUCAGUAGCUUGGACCGGACGUUUUACUAGUAAAUUUACCAAUCAAAAUGAACGUAUUCUUAUAAUGAAAUCAAACAUCUGGCCUGGAGCCUCAACCUUUAUCUAUAAAGAUCUGUGUGAGUCUAUAUAUUUGGGAUGGGGUCAUAAAUAUGUAUCACGUAAUAUGUCAUGGAAACAUAUGACCGCUAUAGCAGACGAAUAUCAACAUAAAACAGAAGAUUUUAUUGAAACCAUCGAUCCCAGUGUAGAAAUGGAAGAGGCUUAUCAAUUGAGUUUAUUAAAGAAAGAAUUAAAAUUUAAACAAAUAGAUGAUUAUGAGGAACAUGAAGCCAUAGAAUCAACAGAUGAUGAUAAAGAAGAUGAGGAUGAUGAUGACGAAGAUGAAGAGGAAGAAUAGUUAAAGCUAAUUUUUACAUA